AAUCAAGUGAAAGGAGAAAAUGAUUGGGACAUUCCUUGAGCCCCCAGGCACUGAGGAUCCCUUUGCUUUGUGCUGGUUGUGUCUUGAGCUAACCCAGCACCUCGAUGAGCACGGGAUGCCUCCAAACACCACCACAGAGCUGCCUGCCUGCUGUGGCUCAGGGCAGACCCCUCUGCCUGCACCCACGCUGAGGCUGCCAGGCACUCUGCCCCCAGCAUCCCAGUGCCAAGGUGUCCCUAGGUGGGCUAGGGGCCACAGACGGAAGAAAGGACAAAACAGGCUGGAAAGGGGGCAGGUUGCCUGGCUGCAGAAGACUUGUGAAAGCAAAGGAUAGGGGUGGGAGCAGGGCAGCUUGGCAUGGGCACAUGCGGGGAGGGGAAGUGGUGAAACGUCAGCUCCACGUUGCUGCAGAAGACAAGGCUGGAAAACCACAUCCCUGGGCGGUGGCCACCUCCCCUCCUGUCGCUUCCUCUCGCAGUCCUGCUCUUGACCCAGGAGCACCCGGCAGCCCUCCAGGCCUGCAACCAUGCUUGCCCCAGGGUGGAGUUCCCACCUCAUGCUGACACGAGAGUCAGCACGGGGGACUGUCCCCAGGACAGAGCUGACGUGCAAGGGUUUUGUAAAGCCCAGUGUCUCAGCACCCAGAGGGAGAUGUGACUUGCUCCCUCCCUGUCAGCUCAGAGCCCAGUGUGGUUCCUCAUUAAGGCACCCUGGGUGCAUGGGACGCGGCACGGCCAGCCUCACCCUGUCAUGGUCCCCCUGCUUGUCCUUGGCUGGUGGCUGGUGGUCCAGAGCAGAGUGCAAGCACAGCCAGGACCAUCCCUGUCCCUGAGCCCCAGCCACGAGUUGGCCCUGGGGGACAGAGUGACCCUGCAGUGCCACACACCCAGACAGGGUGGCAGGGCCACCCUCCACAAGGAGGGGGUCCCAUAUCCCCUAUGGUACCGAGAUGGGGUGCGGGGUGCAGCGGAGUUCCCCAUCACAGCAGCCAGACGGGAAGAUGCCGGGAGAUACUGGUGCCAAUAUGAGAUGGAGGGCGAACCGCCAGAGGAGAGUGAGCAUGUGGAGCUGGUGCUCAGAGAUCCCAAGUACCCCCGGCCUCACAUCUUCCCGAGCCCUGGGGCAGUUGGGGUACUGGGGACCCGCUUCACCAUCCUGUGCAAGGGUGGGCAUGGAGCCACCUUCCUCCUGCACAGAGAGGGCAGCUCAGCCCCCAUCCAGCGCCAGGCUCCCAGGGGACACACGGCCUUGUUCUCUAUCCCCCACGUGAGCUGGGUGGACAGUGGGACCUACAGCUGCUCCUACCGUCCCCGAGGCAAGAUGUUUGUGUCAUCGUACCCCAGUACCUUCCUGGAGCUGGAGGUGGUGGAGGAGGAGGAGGAGGAGGAGGAGUCAUCGUUGUCAGGUUCAACCUUCUUCCCAGCAUCCCCUGAUGCCACACAGGUAUGGUCAGUGCCAGCCCAGGGAUCACCAAAACUAAGCACCACAGGCCCUCACCCACCAGCCACAGGGUCCUCCUGCCCCAACACUUCCAGGGAUGAAGAUAUUGAUUUCACCCUGGGCAACACUGUGCGCCUGGGGCUAGGCGCAGGGCUUCUGAUCCUGCUGAUGCUCCUCGUGGCCGAGGCCCUGCAUAGCCGGAGGCAGAAGGGGCAGGGGCUCUAGCCAAGCACCCCCAUGGCCAUCCCUUCCAGACCCACAAGACUGGGCGGAUGUCCCUGUCCCGCUCCCCUCUGCCUGGACCCAGCCUCACUCCCCUUUGCAGCCCCAUUAAA